AUGGAUUUCAUUAUAUCUUUCUUGACCGAUCCUGAAGAUCCCGAUGGAAUUAGGGGAUGGUUGUUAACGUUGUAUCCUGGUUCGAAGAUCAUCAAAGUAACAUUCACCUUGCUCUGUGGAGAGGAAUCNUAUCCUGGUUCGAAGAUCAUCAAAGUAACAUUCACCUUGCUCUGUGGAGAGGAAUCAUACAAAUCAUUCACAAUCGAUGUUGCAUCAGAGAUAACUUAUGAUGGCUUAAAGGAUUAUUUGAGUUGGAAGUGUAAAUGUUUCCCAUCUCGUUAUCAGCAGAUAUACUUCCGCGGGGAGGAGCUGCCCGUAGUCGAACAUCCUCUUCGAUCAGUUGAGGAUGGAGAAGAACUAAGUAUCCUCACAGAUAUAGAAUUUUCUUCAAACUCUUUCUUCUCCACUUUGUACAGUGACGAUGCUGAAUACCCAACGCUCAAGAUCAAAUGGAGACUUGAACAGAGACCUUUUAGAUCGCUACGUGGCGAAGAUACAAAGACAUGCGAUGUAUAUCGAGGAGAAACGUUGUUGAAGACUUACUACGUCAGAGCUCAUAUGUAUCCAAGACAACAACGUCACAACAGAAACGCUGAUCUUCGGGUGUUGUUCAUGUAUAAACUACUUGAGAUCCUUCGAUUAGGACCGAAAGUUCACUUUUACCGGAACAGGGGUCAGUCUGGAUUCGGUUUGUAUACUGCUAGCGAAGAAGUUCCGGGCUUCCAAAACCAUUUAAAUAGGGGCAGCUAUGGAUCUCUCACGCAUUAUAAAGUGAAAUUAUUCAGCAUUUGCUUCUACUUAAGAGACGUAAUGAACCGCCGAGAAAACUAUGGCGUUGACAUCAAUGGACGGCCGCAAAUUGUAAACUUUCGGGUUACUAGUAAUGUUCACAGUGCAAAAUUCCUUGCCGAUAGAUAUUGUGGUAAUUAUCAAGAACAAGAAACCAAAAUUGGAAAAGCCUGUUUCUCAGAGUGGAAUCUGCUGAGCUGCAUAGAUAUGGCUGAUAAAGCAAUUGAGAAGGAAAAAAAACUUUUCGAAGAUCAUUCCUUCACCUUCGAACCCGUGCGUGAUUACGCUGAAUACUUAACUAAGAUCAAGAUCAACGUUCGGUACUUCACAGCUCUUUUUGAUAGAUUGGAACCUCCAUUGUCAUUAGUUGCUUGUUGUCUCCGUUCAGUUGAUCCUGAUCAAAUCAAUUUUCCUUUGCGUCAUUAUCGUUUAGUGCAUUGUUGUGGCCCUCUAAAACGUUUCUUCCGUCCGAAAUGA